UAAGUACAAAGGGAAAGUACGGUAGAGGUGCAUAAAUGGCGUCGUUCUCCACGAGGAAGUGCUCACUCAAACAGAAUCUGAGUUCUACUGCUCUUUGUUCUUCUCUCCUAGUACUAUUAUAUUUCUCUCCUUUCUAUGGAAACCCCCUCAAUAAAGGGGACGGUUGAUGCCUUAUUCUUCUUCUUCCUUGCUUUCUUCUUUCAAAGGGAUGGCGGAAGACAUAUGCCACCACUUCAACAAGGAUACGAAGUUCAUAAAGGCUCCUAGGAAAUCUCCACUGAUAUUAACAAUGGUGGUCUUGUUUUUGCUCAUGGUUUCUGGAGUUUACAUCUUCUCCAUCUGGUUGAGGCAAAUAAGCCCACGAACAAACGCCAAAUUUCUAAACAUCAGAGUACUUGAUCACCUGCAACAGCAAUGUCAAGCUCCCAACAUUGAACAAUGGGAAGCUCCAUUUAUACAUUUUCCAAAUCCUGAAACAUUUAGCAGGGAAGAAUGCGUCUGCAACCCAGUAAGAUACUUUGCCAUAUUGUCAAUGCAGAGAUCAGGGAGUGGGUGGUUCGAGACAUUGUUAAAUAGUCAUACAAAUGUUAGCUCAAAUGGAGAAAUCUUUUCAGUUAGGGAUAGGAGAAGUAAUGUUUCUUCAAUACUCAAGACAAUGGACAAAGUUUAUAAUCUUGACUGGUUCACUAGCGCUUCCAAGAAUGAGUGCUCAGCUGCAGUUGGGUUCAAAUGGAUGCUUAACCAGGGUUUGAUGGAGCAUCACGAUGAUAUUGUGAAGUACUUCAUGAACAAUGGGGUUUCUGCAAUAUUUCUAUUCAGAAGGAAUCUGCUCCGCAGAAUGAUAUCUGUGCUUGCAAAUUCCUAUGACAAGGAUGUUAAGCUAUUGAACGGAACCCACAAAUCUCAUGUCCAUUCAUCAGCCGAGGCUCAGAUACUUGCAAAAUACAAGCCAACUAUAAAUACAACGCAACUCAUUCCUGAGCUGAAGCGAGCAGAACAAACAACUGCCAAGGCUGUUGAAUAUUUCAGCAGCACCCGCCAUAUAGUUCUGUACUAUGAGGAUCUUGUUAAAAACCGCACGAAACUGAGAGAAGUUCAAGAGUUCCUAGGAUUGCCUUAUAGAGAGCUCAGUAGCCGUCAAAUUAAGAUACACACGGCACCAUUGUCAGAGCAAGUAGCUAACUGGGAUGAUGUUCAGAAAGCAGUGGAAGGAGCAUCAUCAUAUGAGAGCUUCCUCCAUUCAGAUUAUAAAAUUUAGUUUACAGUUGUUGAUUGUUGAUUUUACUCUUUCCUCUACUACAAUACUUGUGCUAAUCCAGCAACCUUUGGUCGGGGAGGAUUCUUCUUAUUCUUUCUUCAAAUUCAUAUCAGAAUCAAGUAUUCUUGAAACAGUUAAUCCA